AUGUGGUAUCAAGACUACGUUCCAUUCAAGCAUGAUCAACAACAAGAUACUUCUCAAACAAAAGUCUUUGCACCAAAACGAUCUCGUACUAGAACAACACCACGACAACGUAAUACAAAAAUGAAUUCAACAACAAAUAAUAGUUCACAUACAAAUCAAAAUGGUCAUCCAUUAACAAUUAAAGAUGGAAAUAUUUCAACAUUACCUAUUGAAGAAAAAUUAAUACGUCCAUCAAUAUCAACUAAUCUAUUAAAUAAUAAAACAAAUUUACAAUUAUCACGUCAUCCACCAUUAGAAACACUUUCAUAUGAAUUAAAUUAUUGUUUACAAGAUAAACAUGAACUUGUACCAACAUCACAAUGUUUACUUGGUUGUGUUAUUUAUAUUGAUGAACGUGAAUAUAUUUCAAUUGUAUCAAAAGACGAUUUAUUAGCAUGGUCGAAAACAAUAACAGAUCAUGGUGCUAUAGUAACUGAUGAUAUUAAUCAUGUUAAUUUAACACAUUUUGUAUGUGCUUAUCGUACAAGUGAACGUUUUCGACAAGUAUGUAAACGUGGAAAUGUUCGAAUGGUUACAGCACAUUGGCUUAGUGAUGUAUUACAACGAAAAAAACUGUUUGUGCCUAAUUUGGCUAUUCAUUAUCCAUCACCAUUUGAACCGAAUGAUCCAGAUAAAUUACCAUUAGCGAAAUAUUUUUUUACAAUGACUGGUUUUGAAGGAAUUGAACGUGCUCGCCUUCGCUAUAUGAUACGUUCAUUAGGUGGUAAAUAUUCUGGUCAUUUAAGUAAAUGGCAUACACAUUUAUUAGCACGUGAAAAUGGUAAAACAAAUAAAUUUAAAAAAGCUUUCGAAUGGUCAAUAGCAAUUGUAAAUGGUUUAUGGUUAUCAGAAUUAUAUUUAGGUAAUACAUGUGCUCUUAAACAACCAUUAGAAGAACGUUAUAAACGUUUACAUGGUACACCACAAAUAGAUCAUUUUUCAUUUGAUCAAAUUUUUGUUCAUGAUUUACUUUUACCAUGGUCACAACCUAUUCGUAUAACCGAUGAAAUGCUUAAUUUAUCCAUACGUCGUCAUAGUGAACAACAACAUUUAUUAUUAAAUCCUCAAGAUAUGGAUAUAGAUAAUUAUUAUCUUAAAAAUUCACAUCAUUAUAAUGAACCUAUUAAAUCAAUAGUUCAAUCAACAUCAAAUAAUAAUGAAAUAUUAUCAAUAAUGCUUAGUGGUUUUAAUAUGAAAACAUUAAAUUAUUAUGAAGCAAUAAUUAAAUCCUUGGGUGGUAAAAUAUCAACAUUACCACAUAAUACAACACAUUUAAUAAUGAAUAGAUUUUUACGUACAGAAAAAUUAUAUGAAUGUAUGAAUUAUGUAACAUAUAUAUUAAAUAAAACUUGGUUAGAUAAGUCUUAUGAAGAAAAACGUUUUGUAUCAAUAGAACAAUCAGAUUGGAUACUUGAUCAAGAAUAUAAAUCAAUACAAAAUUUAUUUAAACAAUCAAUUGAUAAACGUAUAUAUCGUCAGAAUCGACCAUUAUUUAUAGGUUAUACAUUUUUUUUAACUCCAAGUAUACAACCAUCACAAAUAAUAAUUAAAUCAAUUAUUUAUUCAGCUGGUGGACAUAUACGUCGAGAAUUUCCAACAAUAAAACAAUUAAUAACAUAUAAUGAACAAACUAAAAUACCAAAUUGCUUCAUUCUAUCAUGUGAUAAAGAUAAAUUAUUAUUAAAAGAUAUACAUAAAUAUAAUAAUACCGAUUUUCAAAUUAAAAUUUUAUCAAUUGAUUUUCUUCUUCAAAGUAUUUUACAACAAGAAAUACUUAAUUUUGAUUCAUUUAUUGUCAAAAUAUAA